UCCGCUUCAGAGGUGCAACACAACCUCUCCUUCCUGCUUCUCUCCUUCCCCCCCCUCUUAUCUUUCUUGUCUUGUCCUCUCGACUUCCCUCCUUCAUUAGCAUUAUGGCUUUCCUCAAGCUCUCGGCUCUGGCUCUCCUGGCCCUGCGCGUUGCUUCCGUCUUCGCUGUUGACGCCGCUCCUGAGGACGCGACUGCUCCUGCUGCUGGUUCCCCCGAGCUCAAGAUCGACAUUGCCACCUCCUUCCCCGACUCGACCUUUGGCGUCAAGCUCGUCAACGGCCGCCCUACGAAGGCGGUCGUCGAGAUCGAGAACCACGAGGAUGGGCCCAUCAACCUUGUCUUCAUGGGGGGCAUGCUGGCGACCACCCAGCCUCUGCCCGAGGAUGCGCCUCCGUCUGCUGGUGUCCUCCGUAACCUGUCUGCCAUGAGCUAUGAUGUCGACAUUGGCCCCGGGGAGGCUCGCACCCUGCCCUUCCCCUUUGUGCUGGACAUGCAGCCUCAGGAUGUUGUUCUCAACCUCCUGGCCGUCAUUCGCAACGAGAAGAACCAGAUCUUCCAGGUCGAGGCCCACAGUGGUCUGGCCAGCAUUGUUGAGGCACCCACCAGCAUCUUCGACCCUCAAAUCAUCUUCCUCUACGUGUUCCUGACCGGCGCCUUCGGUGGUACCCUCUACUUCAUCUACAAGACCUGGAUCGAGGCCCUCUUCCCGCAGGCCAAGAAGGCUCCUCGUGCUGGCAAGAAGGCCAAGAAGAUCGAGGCUCCCGAGCCUCUGUCCGGCAAUGAGUCUCCCGGUGUCGCCUCUGGUGUCGACAAGGACUACGAUGAGAGCUGGAUCCCAGACCACCACCGCCGACCAACUGUCAAGCGUGUCAAGUCCAAGAAGAACGAGUAAAAGGUAGUCCAUCAUGGGCAAGGGCAGACAGGGAGGUCAUCAAAAGUUGGCAAAGGAAAUUUGCAAAUUUAACGUGCUCCUGCGCGCGGCCUGUUAGGACCGGCAGGAUAUCAUUUGUCGGAAUUUGAUGUGGUGGAUUGAAUGAAUACGGUCCGAGGCAAGAUUAGCAUCUACAUAACGCAGGGCUCAUCGAGUACAGUGUGUGGGUUAGUCGCUCUAGGCUGUACUCGCCGUCUCGCAGCCGUCACGGCUCUAGUAUCAAACCUGAUCAGUUAUGCCGUCG